AUGUCAAACAAAGCUUCAAGUGAUCGUCAUGCUAUUGAUUCUUCGAAUGGACAGGGAAAUAGUAUCAAUGCUGGUAUUGAUUCAGGUAUUACCUAUGAUCCAUCUCAUCGUGGUUCCUUAACACCAUCGGAAUUAGAUGCAAUUCAUCAAACAAAUAGUUUUAAACAAGCUAAACUAUUAGAAGAAAAAGAUAAUCGUCAAGUGGCUGCUAAAAUGAAAAAACAUGAGCGAGCCAAAAAAUUAGAUGAAUAG